CCUAGUCCGGAUCAGAGUCCGUUCCUCCUCCUGUUCGGAUUCUCUCCACUGCAAUGGUCUGCUCCCACUCCACCCGUUCUUGGUUCGGAUUUGGAACCGGAUUCGCUCCACCGCUCCUGCUCUGGAUUUGGGAUCUGUCCCCAGUGUUCCUAAUCCUGGACUGGAUUCCCUCCCACUGUUCCUGAUCCGCUCCCAUUCCGGAUUGAGUCCUCUCCUACUCCGGUCCCAAUGCUCCGGGUCCGGAUUGCAAUCGGAUCUGCCUCCCGCUGCUCCUAUUCCUGGACUGGAUUCGCUCCCGGGGGGAUUCCUAUUCCGGUUGGGAUCUGCAUUGGGUGCUCCCGCCACUGGCGGAAAACAAGGUCCCAAAAUGUAAAAGGAGCCAAUCAGCGGCGAGCCCUCGGUGCCCAGCAACAGCUGCUAGAGACGCGGCUUGGCCCGGGCUCCGGAGGGUGAUCGUGCCCCGGGGGCUGGGGGGUAUCCGAAGCUGAAUGUGACCGGAGCAAGAACUGGGGGGACCCUCUUCCCAAACCAUGGCUGCAUUUAUCUAGAGCCUGCAGAGAGGUGCGUCCGAUCUAACUGGUGUUUGAUAAAGUCAGGCCUGACAGUAAAACUGAACCCGAGCAAUGUCAGGCUCAGCACAGAUUAUCAACUUGGCUUAGUGACGGGAAACACAGUGUUGCUGGUGAAAGGUUACACUUUCCGACUGGGGAAGGUCACUGCUUACUCCCUUUCCAUGAUCGGCGCGUAAAGAAUGAAGUCAAGAUCAUCUUCACCUCCCAACUAUGCCCAACUUAAUAAAUCUGCACCUGUUCAUGUUCAUAUUCAAAAGCCCAAGUUAUUACCUUUUGUUGUGGAAGAACCUUCUUCUGUGAACCAACAAAUGCAAGAACGCAUGCAACCAGAAGCAGAGUGGAAGAGUGUGGAAUCUGCAUCUCCUUCUUCAGCUUUUUCAGGGCACACAGCGAACAGAGAGUCUGAAGAUAAAGCAAAGGCAUCAAAUUGGAGAAGUGAAGUUCGUGAAACUGAUGCACAUACUCAAUCAACCAAUAAAAAUGGGACUUCUCAUGAGAGUUUUGACAAGUUCCAAAAAGAGUUGGACUGGACAGGGAUGGAAAAGGAAACUCUUGCUGAGGAGAACAUGCUGUUGAUUGCACUCAAAGAAGCUGAAAUUACAUCAAUAUCUGUAGCAGAACAAGUGGCAACAUUUCGGAACUCCAUUGCUGAAGUAAUGCAGGUGAAUCAAAUUCCAUCCUCGGGGUUUAGUGGAUUUACUGAAGACAAGAACAUGUUUUUAGAGAAGCUGGAAAAUUUCAAGAUUGCAAGUCAAAAAUUACAAUUUCUCUUCAGGGAACGAUGGAUUUCCAAGAGUGACCACAUUUCAAACAUACUUCUUUGGGCCUUAGGGACUACAGGACAUCCUGGAGUCACCGAGCCUUGCGUGGAUUGUACCAACAGACAAAUUGAAGUGUUGACACAGAAGCUGACAAGAUGUGAAACUGAAAAUAUUCAUUUGAAAAGAAAACUCCAGCAUGUUGAGAAAAAUGCGAAAGAAGCUUUGGCACUGUGUCAGAUGGAAAAGGUUAAUUCUUGCUUUGUAAAGCAGCUGUCAAAGUCUGUUGAAGCAACCCAAGCCCGUCUACAAGAGCAGCUUAGAAACAAAGACGGCAGGAACAAGAGAAUGUCAAAUCAGAUCCUGAAAUUUGAGGGGACAGUGACUGGCCAUAAGUUGCAGAUAGCUCACCUUAAAUCCCAGCUGCUAGCUCUGAAAGAUCAGCUUGCCAUGGACAAAGAGGUUCUGAAGAAGGCAACACGAGCUCAAAGAAAGAGAGCAGAGAGAUUUGAAGCUGCUGUGGAAGAACUUAAUUCCCAGUUCAAAGAAAAGGAUCUGAAGUUGCGAGAGGUUCGUCUGGCCAUUGAAACCCAAAAGAAACAAAACGAUUUGGCUUCUGCGGUAAAGGCCCAGUUGGAAACCAAAGUUUUUUCCCUUUCACAAAUCACAUGCCACAGAAAGGACAGCAGACCCCGAGAACACCAUCACCAAAUUGGAGAAGCAAUGUACUGUUGUUUACAGGCCUUGGUAACAGCUGUGGAAGAAGAUGCAUCAGUAAUAUCAGCAGACCUUGACCAGCUCAAAGCCAAAGCUGAACAGCAGAAGGACAUUGAUAUGCUUUAUGAAACACAGGCUGAUGACCAGAACUUUCAAUUGAAAUCAUCUUCGGAAAAGGUAGAAUCUUUGAGUGAUGAGAAGCAGAAAUUGCAGUUGGCUUUAGAAGUUCUUUCUCGGAGACUGAAGGAGGUUAAUUUUCAAAAUCAAGAGCUAACAGAGACAAUGGCAAAACAAGAAGAAGCUCUUCUGCUUAGCAAAUCUCAGCUGGAAGAAAGGACAAGGGAAUCUGCAGCAUUGAGUCGACAGUUGGAAACUGCUCUACAUGAUGUGACUGAAAAGGUCAGAGAGGUGAAGGAUCAGACUGAAGCUCAAGAGCAUGCCCUUCAGAGCAAACUACAUAGCCUUGAAUUGGAAUUAAACAGAAAGACUAAAGAACUGCAACAGCUUCAAUGGAACAAGAAUAAUGCUGAGAGGAGCCAUGAAGCGCACCUGCAGGAGUUGAGGCUCAGUCUUGAGCAAUCAGAGAGUGAAAACCAGAGCAUUCAGAGUUACAUGCGUUUUCUCAAAUUGUCCUAUACAAUCAUGUUUGGAGACAACAGCAUAACAGAUUUUCAUGGUGAGGCAGCACUGAGAUGAGUAACUUAAUCGUCAUAGGAUUUGAUGAAGUCUUGCAAUGGCUACAGAUUCAACAUUUGUUUUAUCCUUAAUUAUGAAACUUUAAUUUGACUUCUAUUAAGAAAAUUCAGUAAAGGUCAUGCAAAUUGUUUGUGCUGGACGUACUUUACUUGUGAUUAAAAGCAAAUACUGCACAUAGAGAGAACUACUGUCGUUAAUGUUUCUAAAUUAAUAUGCUUGAAUAUUAUGUUACUUUCAGCAGAAAUUUCCAAUGUCAGUGUGUAAAUAUUGUUUUUGUUUCAAAAAUAUUAAUUUGAUUUUAAGGCACUGUUUUUGCAUCAAUAAUUUGUGUUUUUGACAUUGCUCCUUGGUCACAUGUUCAAAUACAUUUCCUCAGUUGGUUAAUUUCCACACAAAAAGAUUACGCCACUGUGAAAAUAAAUAGGGAACUAUUGGCAUACUAUG